ACCAAUUUGAGAUCAUUAUCCUACGCUUGACAAGCAUCAGCAUUUUCUACCGGAUUGAAAGAUGGUGUUCCAGGCAACAGUGACAGCUGGAACGUUCCUUGUCUAGUCGGCUAAGUGUGCUUGUUUAGGUGGGGCAGACCAGACGAACGUCUCGGUAGUGAUGAGUCGUUGUCCAGGGUCCUGAACGUAUUCUCCUUUUAACCUCUUGUGUCAUGUCGGCAAGCACGCUGUUCGAAAGCAAAACGUGACUUCUACAGGGCCACACGGUGCAGGUGCUCUUAACAGAGGAAGAAUGGAAUUGAUAAUUUGUGCAUCUAGUUCUGUCCUCACCAACGACGCAUUGGAUCUGUAAACAGACCACAUAUCCCAGGAAAACAAUGUCGGAGGAAGAUUAAUGGGUGAAAUAUGAAUCGAAGGACCUUGAGACCUAUUUCCGAAUGGCUUGAUGUUACAGUGGCCAUGGAGAUGCGGUCACUAUUUUCUUGAAGACAGAGCCUACCUGUGCCGGCUGUGGCCAUGGUGUACGCUGUGCCGAUGGAUAGUGUCAAGCCCUCUCUCUACACCCCUGCUGUGUACCCAGCACUCUCUAAUGCGUCUGAGAGGGACAACACCACCCUCCUGCUAGGCCUGGGGACACCUGUGGUCUGCUAUCCUGAAGACACCCCUCCUACACCUUCCUCACUUUUCAACGCCUCUGCCCCGUCCUAUGAGCUGAGCCAAGCCGAGGUGGCCGUCCUGGGCCUGGUGUUCGGUGUGUUUUGGCUCAUCUCCGUGCUUGGCAAUGCCCUGGUGUGCCUGGUCAUCCAUCGGAGCCGCCGGACUCAGUCCACCACUAACUAUUUCGUGGUAUCCAUGGCUUGCGCUGACCUGCUGCUGAGCCUGGGAUGUGGCCCGUUCAUCUUGCUGCAGGUGAGCGUGGGGCGCUGGCCCCUGAGCGCGGCCGCAUGCAAGGCCAUCCGUUACCUCCAGCACCUCUGUCCCGGCGUGCAGGUCUACGUCCUCCUCUCCAUCUGCGUGGACCGCUUCUACACCAUUGUCUACCCGCUGAGCUUCAAGGUGUCGCGGGAGAAGGCAAAGCGCAUGAUCCUGGCGUCCUGGGUUUUUGACGCCGCCUUCGUCUCCCCGUGCCUCUUCUUCUACGGCUCGACCGCCAACGGCGGACGGACUCAGCACUGCGACUUCUUCCUCCCCGACAGCUGGGACGGCAUCGCCUACGGCGUGGCGCACCUCCUCUUUGGGUUCCUGGUGCCGGCGCUGCUUAUCAUGUCGUUCUACCAGCGGGUGGUGCGCUACAUCUGGCGCAUCAGUGCGGACGGGCGCACGGUGCGCCGCACCAUGAACAUCGUGCCGAGGACUAAGGUCAAGACCAUCAAGAUGUUCCUCAUGCUCAACUCCGUGUUUCUGUUCACCUGGGCGCCGUUCUACGUGGCACAGCUGUGGCACCCGCGGGAAAGCGACGGCCCCAGCAGACAGGGGGCGCUGUUCUUCAGCGUGGUGGUGUGGAUUUCGUUCAGCUCCACGGCCUCCAAGCCCACACUGUACUCGGUGUACAACGCCAACUUCCGGCGGGGCAUGAGGGAGACCUUCUGCAUGUCGUCCAUGAAGUGCUACCGCAGCAAUGCCUACACCAUCACGGCCAGCUCACGCAUGGCCAAAAAGAACUAUGUUGGGGUGGUGGACAUCCCUGUCCCAACAAAGACUCUCGUCAAGGACUCGGUGUACGACACCUUCGAUCGGGAGGCGAAGGAAAAGAAACUGGCGUGGCCAAUCAGUGCAAAUCCACCCAACACAUUUGUGUGAGGAACGCUGGAUACCAUUUUAAUUACCAGAACUGCAACCAAAACCACUGUCAAUAGUAUAUGGGAUAUUGUGAGAUCACCCUACACAGACAGCUGAAUUCACUGGGCUACAAUAAUGACCUGUCAAUGUGAUAUAUAUAUAGUUAGGCUGAGAUGUCAAUGGUUUAGUUUGAGUGAUAUUUGUGAUUUCAUGGAACAAAUUUACAGGUGAUCAGUUAGUCUGUAAAGUACAGCGUUCAUUUAACUAUUCCAUUACACAUAUGCUGAAACAAUCAUGCCAACAUACAGUAGAUAUCCUUAAAGAUCAUAUUUUGGCCACACAUUCCAACUUGUUGCUCUUAGAAGCUUCUCAGGCUCCGAAAAUUGGCCUAGCAACAAAUCCCUAUGGCACACACAUAGGGUCAGCAAAAAUAUGUAAAAUCUUUGUUAACAGGCAAUCACAGUAAAUGUUAAGUGUGAAAUGUUACAUUGUUCAUGUUAGGGAUCAUAGAGAUAAAAACAUAUGUAUCUUUUUCAGAGUUUGUGAAGACCACUCUGAGUCCAGCCAGCACAAUUUAUGCCACUUAAGGCCAAGCUAGCAACAAGUGGUCAGACUAGAUUAUGUGAAAUCACCAGCUAUAAUGACAACUUAUUUAAAGUUUAGGUAACACUUUACUUGACAGUAUCGACAUAAGAAUGACAUGACACUGUCAUGAACACA